GGCAGCUAAUGAAUAAACCGAUUCUUGUUCUUUUCUUCUCUUUACUCUGCAAUUAUCCUCUCAAACACUUUCAUUAGUGUUCUUGUUAUGAACCUUCAUCCUUCUCAUUGAAGUUCAUAACAAUUGGUAUCAGAGAUCCAGAAAAAGAUUUCACCGAUGGCGAAGCAAAGUAACACCGACCGCAUCACUCAAUUGGAAACGGAGCUGGCAAGUGUGAGGGCAGAAAUUGAAAAAAUGAACGAAACACAGAAAGCUGACCUAGCCAGGUUGAUGGAAACACACGAGAAAAGAUUCGAAGAUAUAUUAGCAGCAGUUAAAGGUAUCAACAACAAUUCUUCUCCUUUUACUCAUGUUGAUCGUUUCAUUCGAAAUCCAGAUCAAGGUUUAAUCUCUACACCUGGUAGUCAUAGAGGAGUUAAACUUGAUUUUCCUCAUUUUGAUGGAGCUAAUGCUAAAGGAUGGAUUCGAAAAUGUCAGCGUUAUUUUCUGAUUCAUCAAAUGUCUGAUUUCGAUAAAAUAGCAUUAGUCGGAAUGUAUGUGGAAGGGAAAGUGGGGGUCUGAUACAUGGAUGAAGUUGUUGACAGAGAAUCCAUGGGCUGGGAUGUGUUCGUAACUAUCUUUCUGGAAAACUUUUCGAAAGAAAAUGAUAUUAUUGGAGAGUUUAAUAAAUUGAGACAGAAAGGAUUGGUUGAAGAAUACAUAGACAAGUUUUCUGAGCUUAAAUCUUUCAUGCUACGGAGAAAUAAACACCUUGAUGAGUACUAUUUUCUGAAAAGUUUUCUCAGUAGGUUAAAAGAAGAAAUCAGGCAUAUGGUAAAGAUUGUUUCACCUGAAACUUUAGCUCAAGCUUUUCUGGUUGCCAAGAAACAAGAAGCGCUAUUAGAUGCUGUGGGAAGAACUGGGAAAACACAGUUAAAAAACUAUGGUGCAAGAACAGGAUAUGAAAACAAGGAAGUUAUAUACAUAGGAAAAACUAUGCCUAUGAAACGUCUAAGCAAAGAAGAGCUAGAUGCAAGAAGGAAAAAGGACUAUGUUUCAAUUGUGAUGAAGUAUAUACACUGGGACAUAAGUGCAAGAAGAUAUUUGUGAUACUGUUAGCUGAAGAGAACAAGAACUCCAAUGAACCAAUAAAUAAUUGAGACAAUGAUGAGGAGAGAGAUUUUGGAGGAUCUUUACAUGCCCUAAAAGGACACUUACCCACUGAGACCAUCAAGUUAAUGGGGAAUGAAAAAAAAAACCAAUUGACUAUACUAGUGGAUUCUGGAAGCACACACAACUUCAUAGAUCUAGGAGCAGUCAAGAAGAUUAAUUGUGAUAUUGAAUUAACUAAUCCUUUAUAAGGCACUGUGGCAGGAGGGGGAAGAAUAGAAUGCAACUCUAAAUGCCCAAAUUUGGAAUGGGAGAUGGCUGGGCAUAUCUUUUCAGCCAGUGUGAGAGUACUGCCUCUAGGAGGCUAUGAUCAUGAAGGGGAAAAGGUGAUAGUACAGGGUAUACAAUCAGAAAUUUCUAUCAAAAUGAUAUCUGGGAGGAAAACGAAUAAGAUGCUGAACAAAAGAAACGGUAUUGUAUCCAAAUAUCUAUGUAUGGUGACUACUGUAAAAGAAGAAUCAAAGAGUUCUACGGAGGGGGAGUUAGAAUAGAUAUUGAAUGAGUUCGAAGAGGUUUUUGAGGAACCAAAAGAGUUGCCACCUUCAAGAAACUGUGAACAUAAGAUUGAUAUUAAGUCAUGAGAAAACCCAUUCAAGCAAGCUCCAUACUGAUACCCAUACCUGCAGAGACAAGAGAUAGAGAAACUGGUUAAAGAAAUGCUAAAAUCUGGAGUUAUACAGCACACUUAAAGCCCCUACUCAAGUCAUGUACUACUGGUUAAGAAGAAAAAUGGAUCUUGGAGAUUUUGUGUAGAUUACAGGAAGCUAAAUUCAGUCACUAUUAAGAAUAAUUACCCUAUUCCUCUAAUAGAUGACUUAUUGGAUGAAUUACACGGGGCAACAAUUUUUUCAAAAAUAGACCUAAGAGCUGGAUAUCAUCAAGUUAGGAUGAAAUCUGAUGACAUUGAGAAGAUUACCUUCACAACUGCAAGUGGACUCUAUGAAUUCACUGUUAUGCCUUUUGGGCUAACAAAUGCUCCUGCUACAUUCCAAACUCUUAUGAAUAGUGUAUUCAAUGAUUACUUGAGGCAGUUUGUGUUUGUCUUUUUUUAUGACAUUCUCAUAUAUAGCCCAGAUCAGGAAACUCAUAAAGCACAUUCGAGGAAAGUGCACCUAUCACUACAACAACACAAACUAUAUGCCAAGAGGUCCAAAUGCAUCUUUGGAGUUCCACAAAGUAGAGUACUUGGGUCAUGUUAUCAGUGCAAAAGGUGUGGCUGUGGAUUCUAACAAAAUUAAAAGUAUUAUGGAGUGGCCAAUUCCUACUUUACUAAGAACAUUAAGGGGGUUUCUAGGCAUGAUUGGGUAUUUCAGGAAGUUUUGCUCAAGAUAUGGAGUUAUAGCUAAACCUUUAACUGACUUAACAAAGAAAGGUAUGUUCAAGUGGAGUGAAGAGGCUUAACAAGCAUUUGAGGGGCUCAAGGAAGCAAUGUGCACAGUACCUAUACUACAACUACCAGAUUUCAACAGAAUUUUCAUAGUAGAGACUGAUGCUUGCUAUAAUGGACUUGGAGCUGUUCUGAUGCAAGAACGCCACCCUCUGGCCUAUAUUAGCAAAGCUCUGGGACCAAAGAAUAUGGGAUUAUCCAUAUAUGAGAAAGAGUUUCUUGUUAUACUUCUAGCCAUUGAAAAAUUGAGAGCUUACUUGUUACGUGCUCCUUUCAUUAUUCGGAUAGAUCAAAUCAGCCUCAAAUACCUUGUUGACCAGAUAAUUUCUACUCCUAUCGAGCAUAAAUAUCUUACCAAACUUCUGGGCUUUGAUUACAAGUUUGAGUACAAAAAAGGUCCAGAAAAUAAGGUAGCAGAUGCCUUAUCAAGGAGGAACCAACAAGAUGAUAAAGUAGCAGAAAAUUGUUAUGUUAUAUCUGUAGUCAAACCAAUUUGGCAAGAAGAGUUGAUUCAGAGCUAUGUAGGAGAUGUUGAGGCUGAAGAAGCUAGUUUACAGUUGGUAACUACCCCCUAUAAUAUGAGUUAUUUUUCUUAUCACGAUGGAGUAUUGAGGCACAAGAAUAAACUAUAUGUAGGGAUAAAUGGGGAUUUAAGGGACAAAUUAGUCUCUAUGAUACAUGGAAGUGCUGCUGGUGGACAUUCUGGAGAACUAGCUACCCUACAUAGGGUGAGAAAUCUGUUUUGGUGGCCCAAUUUGAAGUUGACAGUACAUAGAGUGGUGAGUACGUGUCACAUCUUCCAGUUGUGCAAGCAUGAAACCAUCAAAUAUCCCGGGUCGUUGCAGCCCUUAUCAAUACCACAGCAUGCUUGGCAGCAUAUUACUAUGGAUUUCAUUGAAAAGUUACCCAAGUCUAAUGGAUAUGAUUCCAUAUUUGUAAUAGUUGACAGAUAUACUAGGUUUGCUCACUUUGUUCCCCUCAAACACCCAUUUACUGCAGCAACUGUGGCCUCAGCAUUCUUGGAUAACAUUUGCAAAUUUCAUGGAAUACCUGAAUCUAUCAUAUCUGAUAGGGACAAGAUAUUCACUAGUUUGUUCUGGAAGGAACUGUUCAAGUCUUUGGGGGUACAACAUCACCUCAGUACAGCUUACCACCCACAAACAGAUGGGCAAACUGAAAGGGUAAAUCAGUUCUUGGAAAGUUAUUUGAGGUGUAUCAGUGGGAAGAUUCAUAAAGAUUGGAGUAAAUGGCUCUGUUUGGCUCAGUGGUGGUAUAACAGUUGCUAUCACACAACUAUGGGAAUGAGUCCUUUUGAAGCUUUGUUUGGUUAUAAACCUCCUACACUAAAUACAGGGCCCUAUGGAGAAUAAUCUGUGGUAGGAGUGGAGCAUGAACUUGAACAGAGGCAACUAAUUUCUCAGAAAUUAAAGCAGCAACCAACCAUCUCCAAACAAAGGAUGAAAGAGCUGGCUGAUAAACACAGAAGUGAGAGGGAAUUGACAGUAGGAGAUUAGAUAUAUCUUAAGCUUCAACCUUACAGACAAUGGAGUAUGAGGAGGUCAACUCUAUGGAAAUUGAGUCAUAAAUUUUGUGGACCUUUUCCACUUGUUGAAAAGGUGGGACCUGUAGCGUAUAGAUUAGAUUUACCCAAAGAUAGUAAGAUACAUCCUGUUUUUCAUGUAUCUUUACUUAAAAACAAGUGGGACUGGCUGAUAGAACUACUCCUACUAUACCUCCAAUGACUAAAGAAGGAAAUACAUUGUCGGUACCAUCUGAAAUAUUGGCUAGAAGGAUAGUCAAGAGGAACAAUGCAGCUGUUGUACAACUCUUAAUCAAAUGGGAGCACUUACAGCCAGAUGAAGCAACAUGGGAGGAUUAUAAUGUGAUAAAGAAACAAUUUCCUGGAAUUGAAGCUUGUGGACAAGCUUCAAAUGAAGGAGAGGGAAAUGCUAAGAUCAAGUCGUCUGUAUUACAAAUAUUUAGCUGCUAUUUUAAUUCUUUAGUUAGUUAGUCUGGUAUUAUAACUGAUUAGAGUGCCAUGUCAUCAUUUUACUAACUAACUAGCUAAACUUGAUCUGUGUAAAUAAAUAAGCAAACUGUAUCCAAUGGAGGGCAGCUAAUGAAUAAACCAAUUCUUGUUC